AUGUCUUCUCCAGGGCAGCGUCGCUCACAGCGCACAUCUGCCUCGGCAACGCCUCGUCGCAGCGCUCGUGGUGCAAUCCCCUCCAGUAGCCCCGCGCCUGUAGGACCAGACGAACAACUGCAGUCCGAGGCCUCACAAGCUUCGCAGCGUGGAUCGCAAGCGACCCCCCGGAACAACCGACUUCAUUCUGCUGCUACUGCGACAGAAUCGCCGUUGUUCUUCCGCUCAUCGCCCGCCAACCCCUCUGGCUCAGGGGCAGCAAACGGUGCAGAAGAAAGCGAUGAUGGCGGAGCAACACCAAGAGCUAGUGGAAUGACCAUUGGAGAUUCCUCUCCGAUCCACUACGCGUCCAGUUCUAGCCCUGGCCGUGCUCGCAAUGCACAAAACACCGACAUCAGGAGCAGUAGCAGCAACCUCUUUGUGCGUGGUCCCGAAUCGGCUGCUCGAAGCCGACGAAGCGAUGUUCAUUCCGACGUCUUUGGAGCCAACUCGAGCACGAGACGCCGCAGACUGUUCGUUGAUGAGAAUGGCGUGCCCGUCCCCCAGGCCGCCUCGGACACCAAUACAUUCUCCAACUUGAACCCCGACACUUCGGACGCAGAUGUGCUUGGCGGUAACUCCUCGCGAGUCAUCUGGGGUACCAAUGUCUCCCUUGUGGACGCUCGACAUGCGAUGAAAGACUUCUUGAUGAACUUCCAACGCAAGUACCGCAUGAUCCAAGAUGGCGAGCUCGAAGAGGGCAUGAACCUACCGGCAGAUCACCCUGCCAUGGCUCGGGAGUACGUGGAAAUGAUGAAGAUGAUGCUCGAACUCAGCAUUACCCCUCUGAAUCUGGAUGCACGCAAUCUGAAGGCAUACCCGCCCACAAGGAAACUGUGGCAUCAGCUACAGGCAUACCCCAACGAAAUCAUUCCCAUCAUGGAUGUGGCCAUCAAGGACGUCAUGCUUGAACUCGCGGAAAAGAAGAUGGCUGAGAUGCGACUUCAGGUCUCUCAGCAACAGCGCGGUGCGCCAGCACGAGCCCGCGAUUCGAGUUCUCUGCCCCCGAUGCUGAGUUCUGAUGCGCCGACUCCUGGCGCUCCAUCGCCUGCACCGUUCCCUGACAUUCCCAACUUGGCUAGUGAAGUCGAUCAGCUUACCUACAAUGUCAGACCAUUCGGGCUCGACAAAACUAUUAAUCUACGAGAAUUGAACCCUGCCGACAUGGACAAGCUGGUCAGUGUUAAAGGACUGGUGAUUCGAACCACACCCAUUAUCCCAGACAUGAAGGACGCGUUCUUCAAGUGCUCCGUUUGCCACCAUGCAGUGCGCGUCGACAUCGAUCGUGGUAAGAUCACCGAGCCCACCAAGUGCCCUCGUGUGGCCUGCGAGUCGCCGAACUCGAUGCAAAUCAUCCACAACCGAUCCGGCUUUGCCAACAAGCAAGUCAUCAAGUUGCAGGAGACUCCAGACAAUGUGCCUGAUGGUCAAACACCUCACUCCGUGUCACUGUGCGCAUACGAUGAGCUCGUUGAUGUGUGCAAAGCUGGUGAUCGUGUAGAAAUUACAGGCAUCUUCAAGUGCAACCAAGUUCGCAUCAAUCCACGCCAGCGGUCCGUCAAGAACAUUUUCAAGACGUACGUUGAUGCAUUGCACAUCCAGAAGUCCGACAAGAAGCGUAUGGGUAUCGAUGUCUCGACUAUCGAACAGGAGAUGGCCGAGCACGCAGCUGGUGAUAUUCAAGAGACACGCAAGGUUUCAGAAGAGGAGGAAGAGAAGAUCAAGGCCACCGCGGCGCGGCCUGACGUCUACGAUUUGCUAUCACGCUCGCUGGCUCCCAGUAUCUGGGAGACAGACGAUGUCAAGAAAGGUAUCCUGCUUCAGCUUUUUGGUGGCACCAACAAACAAUUCGAGAAGGGUGGAAGUCCAAAAUACCGUGGCGACAUCAAUAUCCUGCUCUGUGGUGACCCUUCUACUGCGAAGUCACAACUGUUGCAGUACGUACACAGGAUCGCGCCCCGUGGUGUCUACACCUCUGGAAAGGGAUCUUCUGCCGUUGGUCUUACAGCAUAUGUUACCCGUGACCCAGAGACCCGUCAGCUUGUGCUCGAGUCUGGUGCUUUGGUACUGUCUGACGGUGGUGUCUGCUGUAUCGAUGAAUUCGAUAAGAUGUCCGAAGCCACCCGAUCAGUGCUUCACGAAGUCAUGGAACAGCAGACAGUAUCGAUCGCAAAGGCAGGUAUCAUCACUACCUUGAACGCUCGUACCUCGAUCCUUGCGUCCGCCAAUCCCAUCGGGUCAAAGUACAACGUCAAUCUGCCUGUGCCUCAGAACAUCGACCUUCCUCCGACUCUCCUGUCUCGUUUUGAUCUUGUCUACCUCAUCCUGGACCGCAUCGACGAGCAGAAUGAUCGCCGCCUGGCCCGCCAUUUGGUCAGCAUGUACCUCGAAGACAACCCGGAGAACGCUUCGAGGCAAGAGAUUUUACCAAUCGAAUUCCUGACUGCUUACAUAUCUUAUGCGCGCGCCAAUUGCCAGCCCAAGAUCACGGACGCUGCACAAAAGGCCCUCGUAGAGGCUUAUGUUGCAAUGCGCGCUCUCGGUGCCGACAUUCGAUCACAAGAGCGCCGUAUUACUGCCACUACUAGACAGUUGGAGAGCAUGAUUCGUCUCUCCGAGGCUCAUGCCAAGAUGCGUCUCGCGGAAGAAGUCACUGCGGACGAUGUCAACGAAGCUGUUCGCCUGAUCAAGUCCGCGCUCAAACAGGCUGCCACCGAUGCACGAACUGGUCUCAUUGACAUGUCACUUCUCACCGAGGGUACAUCGACUAGCGAUCGCCGCAGGAAGGAAGAUCUCAAGCGCGCUGUUCUUGCUGCUGUUGACGAGCUCGGAUCUGCGGGUCAGAGCGUCAGAAUGACCGACUUGGUUAAGAAGGUCAGAGAUGGCUCGAGCGAGCAGAUUGAGAAUGCAGAGUUCUUGGAGGUACUGCGGAGUGCAGAACUCGAAGGGCAGGUACAAAUUAGUGGCGAGGGUAUGAGGAGGAUGGUCAAGAGGGUUGUCGGCGCAUUCUAGAACAUAGACCGGUCUUUGAUUCGUGUUGGUCUUGGGCGGGUCUGCUCACACUUUGACGUUUUUGCCACGAGGUAGAUGAUUGAAAUUUGAAAUGAAGGAUGUGGAACGACGAAACUUCCACAGUACAAUGAAUG